GAAAUCAUGUUUCUACUUGUAGCAGCCCUGUGUUUAACAACUGUCUUCGCUGUUCCUGUGCAUGACCCAGCCUUAGAUGAAACAUGGAACUUGUUUACAGUAUAUUAUGGAAAAAAAUAUGAAAAGGAUGAAACUACGUGGAGGAGGUUAAUAUUUGAAGAUAACUUUAGGAACAUCAUGAAACACAACAUGGAACAUUCAGCGGGAAAGCACACCUACACCCUUGCAAUGAACCAUUUUGGGGACAUGACCACAGAAGAAUUCAAACAGCUAAUGAAUGGAUACAAGCAUAAACCCAAUAAGACACGAGGAGCAACAUUCCUGCCACCAAAUAACUUUGAGGCUCCAAAAACGGUUGACUGGCGUAAAGAAGGCUAUGUAACUCCAGUGAAAGAUCAGGGUCAGUGUGGUUCAUGCUGGGCUUUCAGUUCCACUGGUGCUAUGGAAGGCCAACACUUCAGGAUAAGUGGGAAGCUGGUGUCACUAAGUGAGCAAAAUCUUGUGGACUGCUCUAGACCAGAAGGCAAUGAGGGUUGCAAUGGAGGGCUGAUGGAUCAAGCUUUCCAAUAUAUUCUUGACAAUAAAGGCAUAGAUUCUGAAGAGUCCUAUCCAUACCUUGCCAAGGAUGAUCAAGAGUGCAAAUACAACCCAGACAACUUGGCUGCCAAUGACACCGGUUUCAUGGAUGUCCAAUCUGGGGAUGAGAAGGCUCUCAUGAAAGCUGUGGCAUCAGUUGGUCCAGUCUCAGUAGCCAUUGAUGCUGGACAUCAGUCAUUCCAGUUCUAUCAACAGGGAAUUUACUAUGAACCAGAAUGCAGCAGUACAGAUUUGGACCAUGGUGUUUUGGUUGUUGGCUAUGGAUUUGACGGUGAGGAUGUUGACGGCAAGAAGUAUUGGAUUGUUAAAAACAGCUGGAGUGAGAAAUGGGGAAACAAUGGAUACAUCUAUAUCGCCAAAGACAAGAAGAAUCAUUGUGGCAUUGCUACAGCUGCCAGUUAUCCUUUAGUUUAAUUUUUUUCAAAGACAUUUAUUUGCUGGGAACCUGAAGAUUUUAUAUUUGUUUUAAUCAAACUAAAUGCUACAAGAUCACAACUACUCUGGGUGACCUCACAUCUAAGCUGGAUUGUUAGUGUUUUAAUGUUUUAGUGUUUUAUGUUUUUUUAUAAAAAAAUAAAACCUGUUUUACU